AAGGGUCUUCAACACAUUGUUCACUCGUCUGCCAUAGAGGAUAGGCUGCGUCGAUUGAAAAAGCGGGUUAAACUGAUUUGUUAUUCAUUAUUGACUGCUUUAAAUACUCUUAAAGUUACGGACAUUUUUGUAAGCUCAAUCUAAGCUAUUUACGUUUUGGCAAUCCCAAAUUGAAAAUGAUCCAGAAUAAUGAGAUCAAUCCAUCAUAUGUGCCCAAUCCAGCGGGUCAACAUUAUCGGAAUUCGCAACCUUUAAACCUCGUAUCAAACUCUAACCAACAAUCGGUGCCUUCGGCGUUGUGCAAUCCACCAAAGCAACAAAACAAUACACAAUCGGCGACCAAGCAAUCUGACAUACAGUUCGUUCCACAACAUCAAAAUUGGUCGUAUGCUCAGGCUCACUUGUCGGCAAAGUUUGCUGGAUACAAACCAAUGCCGCACUAUAGACAACAUAUUGGCCAAACUGACUACAAUGCAUACUCUGGUUACUAUCAAGGACAACUGAGUCAUUCCAAUGUGCCCCAAAUGCAACUACAUCAAACACCAUAUCAAAUACUACAGCAAAUUCCGCCGCAGAUGACACCUCAAGGACCAAUAUCACCUCACUUAUCGAUGCCAAUGCCAUUAAACACAUUCAACCCUUAUGGGAUCACAUAUCCAAAUGUAAGAUAUGGCGCAUCAUCAGGUGAAACGAAAAAUCCGUAUCGUCAAUUGCUUUCGAAUCAAGUCCAAGCGAUGCAAAAUAUUUCGCCAUCGACAUUCCAGGUGAACCAAAAUGAUGUACCAUCCCCAGUCAUCUCACACUCGUAUCCAGGUUCGUCUUACGAAUACACGACACCUCAAUCAUCACAUCAACACAAUCCGAAUCCGUUUCCAUUUUAUUCACAACCGCGGACUGCUGUCAAUACUUUAUCUGCCCUAGCUGAUACGCCAGGUCUGAAGCGUCGUAUUGGUGCAAACGGGGAAUUUUCAUCUCUUAAGAUUUAUAAACGCCAAAAAACAUUAACUUCAACUGACGAUGAUGACAAUCUACCCAGUUCACCGUAUUCGCCAAAAAGCAACGAUGAGGAGGAGGAUAGUGCAUCAAGUACAAGCAAAGACGAUAAUCAAAUUUAUGAUAAAAAACUAUUUGAUGCGUCCCAUGUUGUCGACAUAAAGGAUGAUUUCAGCUGUGUAAUAUGUCAGGAAACUAAGAAAGACACGGUACUAUUCCCGUGUCGUCACCUUUGUGUUUGUAAAAAAUGCUCCGACGCUGUGUCCUUAUGUCCAUUAUGUAGAAACGAUUUCUUCGAAACUCUAACCGUUUUUACAUAAUCUGGCAAUAUUUGCAUGUGUAUUUUUGCGCUCGACGCUUUGUAUUCUUUACUCUUUAAAAUCAAUUAAUAAAAGCAAAAUUCACAAAAAC